CCCCCCGUGCAAGAUGGCGGCGUUAGGGGUGCUGUUGAGCUGUCUGAGGACUCUGCGUCCCGGCGCUCGGUGCAGGUAGCGCUGCGGCCCUCUCGUCGGCCUCGAGCGGAGCCAGGACAUUAGCCCGGGGUCCCCGCUCCGUCCCUGGCGCGUGUGGGGGGGCACCGCGCUGGCGCUGCACGGCCGGGCGCUGAGCGCCUGCAGCUCCCUCUCCUGGCCCUUGGGCAGCCUCGCCGCGAGCACCCGGACCCUGCCGUGCCGCGAGCGGGCGGCAGCGCCAGGCCCCGCUCGGCUCCUGACCCGGCCGUUCCCCCGGGGGGCGGGGGAUGUGCAGCCUUUCUCCUACUUUGCUGCACCUAGUAAGAACACCACCCUGUUCUUCUCAGAAUGGAGUCCACCAUGUACCAAGCAUCAGGGUGCAGUGGGCAUCAUCCUCUUCUAAGCCAGGGCAACCAGUGUCUGACUCUAGCGAGGGACAGAUCUACCUCACCAACAGCUGUGUGAAGAGGCUGCUGGAGAUUAUAGAAGGGUCUGAGUUUCUCAGGCUGCAAGUGGAGGGAGGUGGCUGCUCUGGAUUCCAGUACAAGUUUUCUUUGGACACAGUUAUCAAUCCUGAUGACAGGGUGUUUGAACAAAGUGGUGCUCGUGUUGUUGUGGAUGUGGACAGCCUGGCCUUUGUGAAAGGUGCAAUGGUGGAUUUCAGCCAGGAGCUGAUCCGCAACUCGUUCCAGGUGGUGAGCAAUCCACAGGCUGAGCAGGGCUGCUCAUGUGGGACAUCCUUUUCUGUCAAACUCUGAGUGGACUCCUCCUUGGGUGUUGCUUGGGUGGACAUUGAGCCAGAGACUGUCCUCAGCAUCCUCUCCAAGGGUUUCUCAUUUUGGUAUUUUCUCAGCUUCCCCAAUCCUCCUCCUCAAUCUGUUAUACGAUUACUACAAAUGUCCCCAUUUGCCUAUCUGAACUGAGUCUGCAGCCAAGACCUAUUGGACUCUCCCUCCAAGGGUUUGAAAUAGGCUUUAAAUCCCACACAAAAGCAUCUUCUGUCCUCUAUGAAGCUCCAGGAAUUGCUGAAUAUAAUGAGCCACCCUGAUCUCCCUGAGCCACACAGCACAUGGAACUGCCUUUCAGGAGCUGCCUAUACAUGUGUAUUGACUAUUUUUUUAAUAUCAGUUUCCAUUGUUUAUUUAUAUUUUUCAUGCUUUUCAACGUGUGGUUAGAAUGCAGCUCUCUAGGGAGAUGGUUGUUUCCCCCUUGUCCUUAAACUGGAUGUGGGAUUCCUGGGAUGCCUGCCCUUUACAGCUGGCUGUGGGUCUUCCCAGACAAUUUGUUCUACUAAUCUCCUUAUUCUUGACGACCUACCUGCCUACAGGGAGCAGCCAGCAGCUGGGGAAAGACUGGUCUACCUCGUACAUGUAGGUGAAGCAGAGAGGUGGGUGUAGGGGGGAGGAUUAAAGCUUUAGGGUUAGGGCUCCAAAAAAAAAAAAAGCAAGCAAUUUGGUUUGUUUCCCUCCUGAUUCAAUUUUAAAAAAUGGUACAAAUCAGCAAAUGGCUUUUCAAACUCUCUCUACUUUUGCCAGCAGGGUAUAAAUUGCAUGGUGGAUUGGCGAGCCUGUGGUCACAUCUAGGAGCCCUUGUACUCUGUCCUGCACAUCACUUUGAUUUAAUAAUCUAAAGCAUUUUCCUAAUUUUGAUUCUUAGUCUAAUCUCUCUUUAGCUUUGUGUCUGUUUUUAGGAGAGAAACACAUCUCUCAUUCCCUUUGUAGGGUAGUGCCCAGAUACAACUGUGCUGUAGGAAGUGUGGCCUAGGGGCUUCCAAUGCAACUUCAUUUUCAGUUACUCAUCACUUUGUGGAACUCCCUUCUUAUAGCUGAAGUUUUCCAUGCUUAGUCUCUGCCUGAAGGUGAAUGUUUGGUAAAUUUGAGCCAAAAUGUUUUCAGGUGACAAGAGGGAUAGAGAACUUGUGUGCUUUUCCCAUUAUUACAAAAGAACCUACUAUAAUAGUCUCACAGCCAAAUUGUGGGAUUUAAAAGAGUCAGUUUCCCAUGGAAUGGGGAGCAUCCCAAGGAAUCAGCUUGCGAUUUGGGCAGAUUUUAAUCCGUUGAAAAUUGAAUACCAAGCAGUAAGUUUUUUUUUAUUAAGUGUGUUAAAUGCUUAUCUAAAAAGGGUUUUUGCAUGUGUGCACUGCUGAGUUACCCGUGUUUACUGAUCUCUGUAGUGGUUGCUCCUAAAUGGCUGUGAUUUUUCCCCCUGCCCCCAAUAUUUUGAAUCUGGAUCUGCUGCAACUUUGGCUUCAGGGGAACGUCCAGAAGGUCCUGAGUUCUGCUCCAACCUCUUCCCUGAGUGGCUUUAAUAAUUUUCUGAAAUGGACACACCUUCUUUUGUUAUGUCUCUUAUUUGCCCUUCCUAGGUGUGGGGCUAACAUUAACCCAUUUGGUAGAUGGGGUUGCUGAAGGUACAGAGAACAGACUUUCCUAAACUCCCGUGGUUAAGCUUGCAACACAGCUGGGAAGAGUAUGUUUAUCUCUGUGCUAGAGUCUUGUUUUAUCUACCAAACCACAGUGCUUCUCAGACAAAGUGUUUCCAAUCUUAUGCACUUAGAAGGUAAGCUCUAAAGCCUUGUGUAGAUGCCGAUCAUUAUUAACCCUGAUUUUUAGGUAGGGUAACUAAGCCACAGGCACUGUUCUCUGAUCCAAGAAACAGGUUCUAGUACUGUUUGAACUUGGGUAAUUCCUUUUCUGUGCCUCAUUUAAUCGAUACAGAAAAAUAGGUAUGAGUGAUUGUAAGAAUACAAGAAUGGCAGGGGGCUCUGGGACACUGUAGAGCAUGAAAUUACUUAACUUUUUUUCUAAAUGGACUUGAUUUUAAGUUGUCCCUUUAACAAUACAACUUUAACAUUCUAUCAAUGAGUUUGUUGUAUGGAAUUUAAACUGAAUGUACCUGUUCUGUUCCACUCCUCAAAA